CGUUUAUGAUUACUCAGCACAUCUUAUAGGAAUAUAUCUAAAGGAUCCUUCUUUGUAGUAUCUUUCUUUCACUUGAUGUCAGACUAGAGUUUGGCCUAUAGAAAAUGCUGAGGUUUGAUUUCAAUGAUUUGAUUUGAAGGCGUGGUUAAGCUAGUUUAGGGUGUGGCCUCCAACCCAUUUGGAGGUGUGGCAGGCAUGGCAGCAAGAGCUGAAAGGAAAACAAAGAAAAAGUCAAAAAGAAGAGAAGAACCCAAUGACUGCAGAUGCUUCUUGUGCGGAGAAAUAGGACAUUAUAAAAUAAACUGCCCUAAUGAGGGAACCAAACUAGGCUUAGAAGAAAAAGCAGCAAAAUUCACCACACAAUCGACACAUUUUGAUAAAAAGAGCUCGUGUUUUCAUUGUGGAAGAGUGGGGCAUUAUAAAGCUAACUGUCCACUCCUUGCUAAAAAGACAGAAGAAGAACAUCAUGCUACUAGUACAAAACAUGACGAUAAGUUAAACACAGGAAUCAAACCAAUUGGCACCCACCAAUCAGCAUCUUCAGAAACUCCUCCAGACACUAAUCAACUGGUACCCCCAACAGGGGAUAUAUUAACUUUGAGUAGUCAUGCAGCAGUUUCAUCAGCCCAGCAAAAAGAAACAGAAAUGGAAUUAUUAACUAAUCAAACCAUUAACGAUGAAUCAAAAAUGAAAGAAACUCUUUCGUCAGUUUCACAGGAUCUGAUGUUAAAUCAGGAAUCAGAAGUCACAGGAGAACAGUUUUCAUCAAGCACUGAUAAAUGCAUUGAGGUUGAAGAGGAUAGCAUCCUCGGUGAUGAAAACCUUUUAGGUUCUUUUGAUGAUGAUAUCUUUAUCAAUAAGGAAAAGGAAAGAGAAGAAGAUGGAGGCAAAGUAGAAGAUCAAGUAAAGGAGAAACCAGUUUGGCAGAAGAAUAAAACUAGACAUAAAGAUAUCUCGUUAUAUCAACGAGUUGCAAAGCUCCCUCGCUACUUAGAUACCCACUGUCAUGUAGAGUACCUACUUGAACGCCAUCGUCUCUCGUCCUAUGCCGAUAUGUCCUUGAAGUUUUGCUAUCCUUCAAAUUUUGACGGCUGCAUCACCUCAUUCUGUGACCCUGCGGCCUUCUCUUCUUUUGGUUGCUAUAGGGAGCUACUUGAGGAGGAUAAGAUCUGGGCUAGUUUUGGUAUGCAUCCGCGUCACGCUCGCUCUUUCAGCCCACUUUUAGAAGAGAGGCUACUCGAGUGUUUGGCUCAUCCGAAAUGCAUCGCUCUGGGUGAGAUCGGUCUUGAUUUCUCUGGACACAGUCUCAAGCAAUCCAACAAGGCUGAGCAGAAAAAGCUAGUCAAUCACUUGCUGCAGUAUGCACAAGUAUACUCCAAACCUCUCAUCCUACACUGCAGAGAUGCAGAGGAGGACUUAUACGAGAUUUUAUGCAAUGCUCUACCAAGAGACUGGUUCAUUCAUUUACAUUGUUAUACUGGCAGUGUUGAAAUGGCACUUAAAUUCGUAGAUAAAUUCCCCAAUCUUUACAUAGGACUUACGGGCCACGUCACUCAAUUCAAAUUUAAAGAUGCAAGAAGUAUUGCUAGAGACUUCUCGUUAGAUAGGUUGCUGAUUGAAACAGACUCUCCCUACAUGAUGCCAUUCUCAAUGAGACCGGGUCGCUCAUUGCGUGGUUUAAAAUGGACGCACCCUCCAAUGGCUGUGUGUGUGGCUGAGGAGAUUGGAAGGCUACGUGACUGCAUUACUGAGGAGGUGCUUACGGUCACAAGGAGAAAUGCUCAAACUUUGUAUGGAAUUUAAUUAUUUUUAUACUCUAAAUCUUAAUUGGCAAUGUCUCAAUAAAGUAGUGUCUGAAUUUUAAUAUUUAAGGCUGUGUAACCCAUGGUUUGUUUUGAAAAA